AUGUGGCGGGAUAGUAGUAGUAGUAGUAGUAGUAGUAGUAGUAGUAGUAGUAGUAGUAGUAGUAGUAGUAGUAGUAGUAGUAGUAGUAGUAGUAGUAGUAGUAGUAGUAGUAGUAGUAGUAGUAGUAGUAGUAGUAGUAGUAGUAGUAGUAGUAGUAGUAGUAGUAGUAGUAGUAGUAGUAGUAGUAGUAGUAGUAGUAGUAGUAGUAGUAGUAGUAGUAGUAGUAGUAGUAAGGGAUACCGUCGACACAAGUUGGUGGCAAAAUUAAAAAAACGAAAGCGUAUAAACCUCAAUAUAUGUAAAUGUACUCCGCACUACUCUCUUUUCAUAUGA